CCGGCGGAAUAAGCGAAGCGAUCGAAUUAAGAGAAAAUAUGUGAAGAUGGAGAUGUUAGUUUUUCCGUCGUAAAUAUGAAGGGUAAGUUGUGUGACUUCGCCGCGCGCGCGCACGGAGAAACAUUUAGGCGUAGCGGAACCAUCCUUCAAAGAAGGGCCGCGGCCACACGACGGGCAGCAAAGGAACACAAGAAAGAAAACCGACUCGAGCAGCCGCGAACAAUGCCUGCACGGCAGGAAUUGGAAAAGCUGCUGUGCAUGUUGAAAAAUCGACAAGCCUCCAGGGUCCUAAAACCGUCCAGUGACAGGACGUCCAGUGAGGUAUUUGGGUCGUCGAGGAUAUCCGGGACGGCUCUCCAUCUCGCACCGUUGUCUUACUAUCCUGGGGCCCAGAAACGAUCGCAGCGCACGCCACACUGCAAGAUACUUCCGGCGUGACUUUGUCGAGUCGCCACAAGUCUGGGGCUCAAGCGUCAACUAAAAGGCAUCACAGGGCAGAGAGAAGGAGAGCGGGGAAGAGGGGGCACGAGAGCGAGACAAAGGGGAAACGAGAGCACGGGCCCAGACGCUGGUGGCGGGGAACAAAAGUGGCCCCGGACUCCGGCGCAUGGAGAGCGUGAAUCUGUCUGGCCCCUCGUGGGCCCCGUGCCGUCUAGAACGCUAGCACGAUAGAAAGUUCCCCACUGUUCUCUGCCUCUGGCAGGAACGCGUACAAAAUACAGGUACGGGCAGGGGUGCAAGUUGUAGCUGCCAUCGCCGCGGAAGGCGACCCUGAGAUCGGCGACAGACCACCGUGUGCACACUGGCCCUUCGAAAAAGACCUGGGACAAAACAGCAGAAUGCGGACCUAAUGAAGGAGGAGGAGGAGGAGGAGGAGGGGACAAUCAAAAAAGAGGAGGAGAAGGGGCAAGAAAAGGCGGAAACGGAUGAUGAGAACGAGAACACGUCUCGCAUACCACUGGUUUCUCAGUCGGCAGGCAUAUCCUCGUCUUCCGACUCAGCACACAGCGUACCUACGAGCACACUUACCAGGUUGAACAGACGCCUGCUUUCAUAGAGCAUCAUAUGCACAUCGACGCUCUUGGCUUCCCCCCUGAACUUUCGCAUACCACUCGUGAAUUCCAUGAUAUCAACAGACCCGCUAUGAUCUCUGUCCAGCAUCUGGAAGAACAACUUCGCAUCACUUACAUCGACCUCCAACGCACUGAUGUAAUCCCGUACUUCUUCUUGCUCCAGACUGUCCAGAAACUCCGGAAACGUUAUUACGGAAUCUCCAUCCUUAUCCAUCAUGGACAGCAGAUUAAUGACGUGUUUUUCUUUGUUUUCGUUGUCUUCCUUCUGUCUCUGCAUCAUCAAUGACCUGUCGCGCUUGGAAGCCUCGAUUGCACCAUCCGCAUGUUCAUACGCCAUUCACAAUGUUCGCAACCGCGAAGACCAUGAAGAACACAUAACUAACCACAAUAGCCUCGAGCAGCCAGCCUGGCCCGCGUAUCGCUUCUGACGCCACACCCCAACUGAUUCCUCCAGACGCGCACUGGAAUAAAGUGUACAUCGUGCUGAACAAUGUUCCGUACAUGCUGCGCACCAGCUCGUACUCGUCGGGCGCGCUGAGGUUGGCACCCGCACUGGCAGCCGUUGGAGCGUCGGGGCCCUUGAGGUAGUCGGUGGCUCCCUGCGUGAGGACCACCGAGACCAUGUAGAUGAGUCCCACCAUGAUUACCAGGACCCAGAAGAGCGACUGCAAAGAAGUGAUGAUCAUGUACAGCAUGCCUCGGAGCUGCGACAGUUGCCUCACCACGCGAAUGAUGCGCAAGAUACGAAGCAGGCGGAUCGCCCUUCCGAGCUUGCUCAUGAAGGAUGCUUGAUCAAUGCCGCCUGAGUUGCCCAUACCGAGGCUGAGGGCAGUGUCGAGCAGAGCGACGCCCACCAACAACAAAUCGAAAAGAUUCCACCAACGCUGCUGAGGGUUCGUGAAGAAACUGAGGCGAUACACCGACAAACGCGCGCAGAGCUCCAUUGUGAAAACAAACGUGCAGAGGUACUCCAUGAUCUGCUGGAUACCAGCAAGCUCUUGUCCGAGACCGCGUUGUGUUGUACUUGUGCACCUAUGAGUAUCGCGUUCAGGAGCACAACGAGUGUGAUGGCAAUGUCAAAGUGGUUGGACUCUACUACUUUGCCCACGACGCCAUACUUAGCAUGAUUAUCAAAAUUCAUGUAGGUCAGUUUCUUUAUGAGCUUCAUCUUUUUCCUGUCGUUCUCAGAUGUGAAAGUGGAUAGGCCAACGCGGUUCUUGUCCCCAUCUUGUUUCUGGCCAAUCUGCUCAAGAAUCCUCUCGGCAGUGUUCAACUUGUCGGACAAUUUUUUCGGCAUCCGAUCAUCAAGAUCCUUCUCGGAGGUCACUCGCAGCGUUUCGCCGCUCCCCGCUGGCGGGGCGGGCUGGGGCGAUCUGUCGCUGCGCGGUGGGGAGAGGGACGCCACAUCAACAGGCCACCUGCGCUCUGAGGCCCCUCGGGCCGCCUCCCGCAACCUUGGAGGUGCCCUCCCGAAGCCGCCCUGCGCGACCUCGCUGUCUACCUCGGCGAGCAGCUCAGCGAGGCGACCCUCUGGGCAGGUCCGGGCCUUCAGCUUGCGCAUCCAGUUCUGCCUCUUGGCGGGACCCGCACCCGCUGCCGCCUCCGCCAGCUCCAAGCGUCUCCUCCCACUGGCGCCCUCCGCCCGGCCCUCAUCGCACACCUCGGAGGCCGUGCCAGCGAUGCCAUUCUGUGGACAGGUCUGCUCUCCCAGGGCCGACUCGCUGGUGGGGCACCCCUGGGCCGCCUCCGACGCCCCGCUGGAAAGGGCGUCGCGGGUGGCGCCGCGCAGCUCCGCGAAGCUCUUCCUGGCGAUGGUGCCCUGGGCUGCCUCGCCAGCCGCGUGCUUUUGGCUUGCCAUCUCGGCGAGAAUGCUCGUGAUGCGACUCCCCCGAGAAGCCCGCCUGGCGGAGGCCCUUCGUUUGCCGCUGAGGAGGAGGUCGACCUUGGACUCCACGCGGCCCAGUUGCUCGGCCAGCCGACGCUCCACGCCUGCGAGCGAAUGACUCGCCAGCGGGUCCCUGGCCAGCGGGCGAUCGGUGCCCGAGAGCCACUCCACGUGCUCGUGCUGGUGCUCGGGCGCGUGGGGAUGGGGACAGGGCUCCAUCCUCAGGCCCGCAGGUUGCAGGGCGGCGGACGCCCCAGCAGGCCUGGAAAAGCUAUGUGAGCCCACGGAUCCCGAGGGCGGGAAUGCAGAUGCCGUGGAUGAGGAGGAGGCGGACGAAGGGAGGGAGGAGAGCGACGGAGGGAGGGAGGCUCGGUCUCGUGGAAUCUGGCCACGGGCGUCC